GAGGCUUAGACCAGGAAGCCCCGCCUUCCACAAUUGUAUGACGUCAUAGUCGCCAUGGCCAGCUAUCCGUACGGGCAGAGUUGCCCAGAAGCUGCAGGACAGGCACCUGGAGCACCCCCGGGUGGCUACUACCCUGGACCUCCCCAUGGUGGGGGCCAGUAUGGCAGUGGACUCCCCCCUGGUGGUGGAUAUGGAGGUCCUGCCCCUGGAGGGCCCUAUGGAUACCCCAGUGCUGGGGGACUCCCCUCUGGAGCUCCAGCUGGACCAUAUGGUGGUGUACCUCCAGGGGGCCCCUACGGUCAGCCACCUCCAAGUUCCUAUGGUGCCCAGCAUCCUGGACCUUAUGGACAGGGUGGUGUCCCCCCCAAUGUGGAUCCUGAGGCCUACUCGUGGUUCCAGUCAGUGGAUGCCGAUCACAGUGGCUAUAUCUCCCUCAAGGAGCUGAAGCAGGCCCUAGUCAACUCCAACUGGUCCUCGUUCAAUGAUGAGACAUGCCUCAUGAUGAUAAACAUGUUUGACAAGACCAAGUCUGGCCGCAUUGAUGUCGUGGGCUUCUCGGCCCUGUGGAAAUUCCUCCAGCAGUGGAAGAGCCUCUUCCAGCAGUAUGACCGGGACCGCUCUGGAUCCAUCAGCUCCACAGAGCUGCAGCAAGCUCUGUCCCAGAUGGGCUACAACCUGAGCCCUCAGUUUACCCAGCUCCUGGUCUCCCGCUACUGCCCGCGCUCUGCUGCCCCGGCCAUGCAGCUCGACUGCUUCAUCAAGGUGUGCACCCAGCUGCAGGUGUUGACCGAGGCCUUCCGGGAGAAGGAUACCGCUGUCCAGGGCCACAUUCGGCUCAGCUUUGAGGACUUCGUCACCAUGACAGCUUCUCGGAUGCUAUGACCCAGCUUACCCAGCGGGCGUGGAUGUGGGCCUCUCUUCUUUGCCUCCUCUCCUAGCAAAGCCUGGCCUAGGGAAGGACUGAGGUUGAGUACCUAGGCUGUGGAAUGGCAGCCUUGGAGUGGGGAUGCUAGUGGUGGCAGUGGAGUUGGUGUCUGGUCAGCCGCCCCGGCCUCUCAGUCCGUCCUCUACCCCCUGAUGCCAGUGCUAAGUGUUCCUCAGCUGGUACUCCUGUCAUCCGUCACCGAGGCCACCAGGCCAGAUGAGCCCAGUUUCUGCAACAUGAAGUCAGACUGAGCAUGAGGGAGAUUUGCUGGGACCAGUGCCUCAACUCCUACAGUCCCUGUGUGUUAGCAUUAGUUUACCUGAGGCUUUGCCUGCUCAAGAAGCGUGGACAGUCUGCCAUUUUGGCCAUAUCUGAUGAGGUUCCUGCCCUCUCAAACUUGGACCCCUUACUGGCCUGCCAUGUUCCACUCAGCUUCAGUCCCCAGGGGACAGUUGUCACAUCUUACUGCCAAUGUUUUUAAUUUGCUUUUUUUUUUUUUUUUCCCAUUUGGGGCCAAAAGUCCAGGAAACUGU